CACACAGAGCUGAAGAAUCAGAAGCUGAAAUGAGCAGCCAGGAGGCUGAUGUUCUACGUUGCUGGAGAUGUAGAAGAUAUAUAGCAAAUUCUGUUUGCCUUGCAAAAUGUCAUGGAAAAGAACCAUCUGAAACAUCACAACUUUCAGCUGCUGCUCAGGAGUCUUGCAAUGUGUGGCAUGUGAACUUAGAAGACAUUCCAGAGUGGGUGAAAUGUGUCAUUGAAAAGGCACAUUGGACAAUUGGAAAACUUCACUGUCCAUUCUGCGAGGCCUGCUUAGGGGGCUUUAACUUUGUUUGCAACACAAAAUGUUCCUGCGGACAGUUAGUAAAUAUACAUUUCUGCAAAAGUCGAACUGAUUAUCAGCCAGCUUUGUCUGCUAAGUUGGAAAAAUCAUCAGGAAAACACUUAUCUCUCCUCAAAAUUCAAUCUGGUUUUAGCAAAGAUACCUGUCAUGAAUUGGUAACUGCAACUUUGGAAAUCAAAAAUCAAGGGCUUUCAUACAUGGCCAGAAAUAAUAAUGGCACUGGAAGAUUAACAGAAGCACUUUGUCUAGAAGUAAGAGCUCCCAGAUUUGAGAUUAAAAGUAAAAGACUUCCCUUAAAGGUAUUAAAUCAAGAAAGAAAUCUUUCUGCUUCCUAUCCUAUGAAUGAUGCAUCCACUGUAAAACCUUUUCACAGAAGAUCACGUAGUUUCGAUUUAAAUACCACAGAGAGGCUUGUUUUGUUACCUGCAUUAUAUGAAACUUGUAGUAUGGGAACAAUUUACCAUGGCCGAAAUGAAAAUCCACCUGUUUACACACGAGCUGGAUUGCAAUUAGAGUCCAGUUGGAAAGAUGAUAGUUCUUUUGAGGGACGAUAUAGUUCCAGUGCUGACAAACUACAAAAAAGGUUUCGAGUUACUUCCUUUACCACAUUACUACACAGAGAAACAGAAAGUGAAUGUGAUUUUGAAACUACUGGACAAUCUUCUGGGAAUGCCAUUGCUGAUGGGUCACCUUUUGUGAUGAACCUUUCUUCAUCACCAAGUUCUGUAGAAGAGGAACAAUACAGCACACCUGUUGGUCUUAUGCAGCCUACAAGAAUUUCCUUCAACGAAAAGCUGAAUAAGAGAGAAAGAAACAAGUUGAAAAGCUUGAGGAGAAAACAGAGAAGGCGAGAACGGUGGCUACAGAAGCAAGCUGCAAAUGAUAACAUGCAUACAGACGAUGAGCGUGAACUCAGAAGAGAUAAAGAAAGCUAUCUCUGCGCAGUGUGCCUGGAUGUUUAUUUCAAUCCUUACAUGUGCUAUCCAUGUCACCAUAUCUUUUGUGAACCUUGCUUAAGGAUGCUUGCCAAAGACAAUCCAGCCAGCACUCCAUGUCCACUGUGUCGUGCUACAAUUGCCCGAGUCUUUUUCCAAACAGAACUGAACAACUCUACCAAAUCUUUUUUCCCCAUGGAAUAUUUGAAGUUAAAAGAAAAUUUUCAAAAAUCAAAUUCUGCAAAAUGGCCUCUGCCAAGCUGCAAGAAAGCCUUCAGAGUUUUUGAAGCAGGAUUUCAAAGACGCUCAGGUACUGUUACAAGGAGGCAUUUCCCACAUGCUGCUCAUAGGAUGGACUACAUGGACUUUGAGGAUGAUAGCCGUGGAUGGCGAUUUGAUAUGGACAUGGUGAUAAUCUACAUUUAUUCAGUCAACUGGGUAAUAGGAUUUAUUGUGUUCUGUUUUCUUUGUUAUUUCUUUUUCCCUUUUUAGUCUGUAGUAAUCACAGUUAAGGAAGGCAGAGUCAUGUGAACCACAAUAAUUGAAUAGAAAAACCUUGAAGAAGUCAAACUCUUUAAUACUAGGUUUUUAUAAUUCAGAAUUGUAAUAGACUGCAUCAAGCAUGCUGUGAGGCUGAUAAUUCUUCUAUGUGUGACAAAGUACUUGAAAUUGGUUCCAAAUAUAAUGUGAAAUCCAGAUCAUACUUCAUUCAGUGGGAGUUUUGUCUUGAUUUUGGUAGAAACAGGAUUUUUCCCAAUAUAUAAAAUAAUUACUCUGUAGAAAUAUACAAUACUGCUUGUUCAUGGGGGAUUUCUGUGUACUACAAAAGAAUAUGAUCCAUAGAAUCUUUUUGGGGUCGACUCUUACAUUGGCACACUUUUCUUACUCAUUGGUGCUUCAAUUCCUCACACAUAAAAGCAAUAAAGAAUCUUCCCAUUCAUAGUCAAAUCUUUUGGGAACAGGAGAUUAUAAGCACUGCAGUGUUGCACGAUGCAUUGUAUAGACAUUCAUUAGAGCUAUUUCAAUGGCAUAAUCCAAAUCCUGGGAAAUUUUGACAAUUCAUACCUGUCAGCAUUCUGCUGUGGGGAUGUGCUGAAGUUUUGAGCCAAAAAGAUACUGCAGUGUGCUGACAGUUCAAUCUUUUCAUGAAGUGACAGUCAGAAGGAAUCAACUAACAACCCCAGGUUCUGCACAUUAAAGGGACCGUUUUUGUGCAGAUUGCCAGAGUAGCACUGCACCUUUUUUAACCCAACCAGAUGAGUGUGUUUGGGUCCAGCAAGACAGCUAGUGGAGGGCAAGCAGCAGGCCUGCUGAUUAUGAUGCUGUGAGACAUUAACCCCAGUAAAUACUGGAGAAAGAAGCAUUCUCCAGUGUAUAUGUAUAUAUAUCAGUAUAAUUUUUUAAUUGCUGUAACAUUUGAGUGUGGGCUCACCAGGACUAUGUUCUCCAGGGGGAUCGUAUAAGAGGACAUAGUAUUUAUUUGCACCUUUCAUGUGAAACAAUUCUAAAGCACUUUAUAGUUACUCUAUAUAUAGAUUGCUGAGUUACAGUUACAGAACUGCAGCCAGUUCAGCAAUCAUUCCAUAAUUGCUGCUUUACACAGUAUUUUCAAAUGAAAGUGAAAGAGCAUCUAUUAAAUUAUAGAUAGGAUAUUGGAAACUAUUUCGAUAAUCGGGUGCUGAAGAAUGGUACAAGGUAGUUCAGGGAUUUACUUUUCAGGAAGGUACAUGGAAACCUUUAUUUCUAAGGGUAUGACCCUCCAAAAUACACUGUGGUUUCAUCGAGAAGAGUAUGUCAGUAUAUGUAUGUAGUCCCUCUGGUUUCAGGAUUUGUGUGGGAGACCUGUGCUUUUUCAGUAGGUGGUGUACUCCCCUGUUCUAGCAGAGAACAAGGAGAAAUGUGUUGUGGAAGGUGCCAUCUGCCCGAUAUGAUGAAAUAGAAUGAUUUCAGGGGUUUUAUUAAGCAUGUGCUUAUGCUUCUUUACUGGAGUAGGGCCAGCAUGGUCAGUCUCUUAUAGGCUAUAAAGUGAUCAGGACCAGAAACUUUCACUUAAUCUGAAAAACAGCAGUAAAUCAGCUACUAAUAUAUAGUUUUCUUACAGGCUGCAUAGAAUAAUCUCUUUGAGAAUAUAUGUGUAGAAUUAAAAAUUACAAGUCUAAUAACACUGAUUGGACUAAAUAACUUUUACCAUCUUUUUAAAUAUAUGCAAAUUUAAGAAGAUAUAAUAAUUGAAAUUCACCAUCACAGUCAUGGUUCUGACAGAAAUGCAUUUUCUGUAAUAGCAGUAUAUCUAGUUACUUUGUCUCUACCUAAAGGUAAUUGACUCCAUUACUGGUGGCAUAUGCAUAACUUCUUAAAAACUGCUAAAGUCAUAGUCGAACAUUUGGUGAAUUUCCCUCUUUUUAUUGAUAUAAACAAGUAUUUUAAAAACUAAGGUUUUUAGGACAUGGGGCUCAUGUUUUGCUACAUGCAGAUAUAGGUCUGUAUGCCCAAAUAUUAUCAAUAAUUCUAAACAUUUUUCUCAUCUAUGCCAGGACUGGGAUUCUAACUGCUAUUUUUGUUGUGUCUCUAAUCUUAUGAAUUUACUGCUCUUAUCUCAACAGAGGGACUGAUUCAUCUAUUAAGCCAAAAUUGCUUCUAUCUUUUGAUCUCAGAAAAUAUUAAAAUAAAAAGAUGUUAUGAAAAAAUACUUUAACUUAGCUGACAUAGUCUGAAAUUCCAGUAGUAACAUAAUUUAAAAUUAUUUAACCAGAAUAUCUGAAAAGCAUUAUCCUUAAGUAAAUAUUCAAAAAUAUAUUGAGACAUAGGAAACAUACUGUAAGCACUAAGUAAUAUAAGUAAAAGUUACUCACAUCAGUUUUAAAAGCAUGUUACCAUGGUUUUAUUCUGAAAAAGGCAACAAAAGAGAGUAAAAAAUCCAAUGCAAUUAUUGGCCACUUUUGUACAUUUAUAGCAAGAAUUGAUGACUAAGGGUGGCUGCAUUUUCCUAAAUUUAGUAGGAGUGACAAAUUUAUAUGGCUUUUCUAACUGUGUUAGACCUUUCUUUGAGGCCUAAACAAGAAACUGUUUCUUGGGCUAUAUUGUUUUCCUUCAUAUUGGUUGUUAUUAAUUCCAGGGAUAAUUAAUUCCAGGGGAUAAUUAAUAUUAAAAGGUUACAAAUGUACAUAAUGAAGACUGUUGCAACUCUGAUACAUCCUUCAUAGGAAAACACCUAUAGAGUGGAGCUACUUUUUUGUCCUUUAUUGCUUUUUUGAGAUACAUGCUUUUGUAAAGUUACAAUAAAAAUUCAAAGGCUCAAAUCUGGUUUUCCUUGAAGUCUGCCUGUAAAAUGCUGUUGAUAUUGGAGCAAGAGCAGGUCCUUUGUAAGCAAUUUUCUGGUUGAAUUGAUCCUGUUCUGCCAGGUUGUCUUUCUUAUCUACAAUAGUAUUAAAAUGUUUGUAAUAAAAUUUGUUUGUAACAUUUUGCACUCAUUUCACUAGAUUUUGCU